UGUAAGAAAUCCCAGAAGAAUACCCCGGUUUCAUGUCGUUGCUAGAUCAGUAUUGAGAUGUUUUCGCGAUGAACUGUUGGCAUCGUCUUUGCUGCGAUAAAAAGCUUUUUCGCUUAUCACUGAUGUUAUUUUAUCUUUUUACUAAUUAAAGUACAAUGUCUCCCGAACGAUCAAAUUCACCUCAAGAUGAAGCAGUAAUGACACCAAAGAUGUCAGUACCAGCAAGUCCCGUCGCAGGGACACCCAUACGCGAAGCCCAAUCGCCCAUAUCAAUUCUUUUAGCAGUGGCUCAAAGUCAAAGCAGGAACGGUGAUGAUGACCUCACGAGUCUCUCAUGGCUGCACGAAAGAGACCUUUUGAAAGGAAUGAACAUAAACCCGUCACCGUCAAACAGUGUCAAUUCUACACCAGUGAAAUAUAGCAAUAGUCUCUUGUCAGAUCAAUUCCCGACUAGUGAUUACGUUGAUGAUUCUUCCAUAUCAGCGGCUGACUCGUCGAGUAGUUCGUUAAAUUCGCCUGUUCCUUACAUAAAUGGCACUUCUCAAAGGAACAAACAUCCACAUAAUGUCCCUUAUGACCCUUUAGUUCACACAAACAACAAGCCGCCGUAUUCGUUCUCUUGUCUUAUCUUCAUGGCGAUUGAAGAUUCCCCUCAGAAAGCCCUUCCAGUGAAGGAGAUCUACGCCUGGAUCUUGGAACAUUUUCCAUACUUUAAGAACGCCCCAACCGGCUGGAAAAACAGCGUCCGGCAUAACUUAUCCCUCAACAAGUGUUUCCAAAAAGUGGAAAAAGCCCCGAACCUGGGUAAAGGUUCUCUGUGGACCGUCGACCAACAGUACAAACCCAACCUAAUCCAAGCUUUAACUCGAUCACCUUUCCACCCCUGUUCCACCCUCGACCCUUCCACCUACUUCAAUAACAAUAACAAAAGUAAUUUAACUCCUGAAAAAAGCUCAAUGUCGCGCUUGCCUAACCCCGAAUUAUAUCCUUACCUUUCAAGGAAACUAGCUUCAGCCGAGCUCAACAACAGACAUAUUAAAUCGGAGGCCUCGGAUGAGUCUUUGGACGCCGUUGACGCAGCUGCAGUGAUGUUAAGCCUAAAAAACGGUCCCCGCUAUCGCCAGAAGAAGGAAAAAGCUCUUUGCUGCCAAGUCAUAACGACUUCGCCCAGCCAGGAUCACACUUACAGUGCCGCCGACUCGGUCGAUCCUUUAGGCACCGACGAGGCUUUCGAAAGCGACGACGAACGGAUGUUUAGGGUUGUCAAGAGUCGUACUUGUCGAAAAAUCGAUUUUGAAGAUGAGGAGGAACGGAAGAUUAAAGAAGGGGCGGAGACUCUUCUUAACUUGGCAGGGAUCACGACAAGGAAAAGAUACAAUUCGCAAAGUUUGGAUUAUGAACCGUAUAAAAGGAUCAAGCUGUCGCCGCAAUACGACAUUAAUGAUAACGAGGCGAACGAGCGACCAACGCCCUUCAAACCGCGACUCUUGAGAACAAAGAAGAAAGAAGGUAAAUCGAAAAUUUUGUGUAACAAUAAUAACGACGAGUGGGUUAAACACCGGCGCGAGUUGGAAAUAAACCAACAUAGGUAAUCAAACGCCCGGUAAUUAGACGAGUAUAACGUAAUUUUAUCUAAUUUGAAGUCUUCUAAUGCUGUUAUUGUAAUUUUAAUAUAUUUUAUGUUUUUGUUUACAUUUAUAAAAUAUGAAGAGUAACUAUGUUAGGAUUGUUUUUAGAAGUGUUACUGACUGAAAAUUAUGAUUUUUGCAUAACAGUUUCAAGGAAAUUGCUGCACAUGUUUUUUCUACAAGCGGAGCUUGGUUUUCGAGGUAAAAAAUAGUUUGUUGUAUAAUUCGUGUCAUUAUUUGUUUUAAUUGUAACAAAAUACUCUUUACAAGUGUAUUGGAGCUGUUAUAACAUUUUGUAUCAGGUUCAUCACCAAAUAUUAAUUUAUUUUAGAAGUAAUUUUCAAGUCAAAUGAAAACUAUGAAAGUGCAAGAUUUCGAUUGCUAAUUAUUCUUAUAAAGGAAAUUUUAUCUAAAUGAAUUAAUUUUAAUGUUGUUACCAAAGUAGGUAUAAAUAGUAGUUAAGUGGGGAAGUAAUUUAUAUAUUGAUUUUAGAUAA